AUGGCCGCUCCUCCUCCACCUCCUCCGCAAUGGGUCUUGGACCUCAAUUCACCGCCUGCGCCAAAGUCAAAGAAUAGCGGAAUACCUGACCCGCCAGGAUUCACUGGUACAUCCAGCGGCAGCAAGGCAAGCUUCACAGCUCUCACUGCGACACCUUUCCCUAACUCCGCCGUCCGAGCUCCUCCUACAACUCGAGAGAUGGAUGUCCUCAAGCUUAAGAAGGCAUGGGAAGUGGCGUUGGCACCAGUGAAGCAGCUACCUAUGACCGCAAUCAUGAUGUACAUGUCUGGCAAUUCUCUGCAGAUAUUCAGUAUCAUGAUGGUGGUCAUGGCAUUUAAGAAUCCUGUUGUGGGUUUGAUGGCUACACAGCAAGCAUUUGAGAGGUUUGAGACAGAGGGUACGAGACCGAAGUUGGUGCUGGUCAAGGCUGUAUAUGUCGCAAUGCAGAUUCUAGCACUGGCAUUAGGGGUAUGGAAAGUAAAUGGGAUGGGACUGUUACCGACUACAAGGUCGGAUUGGUUGGCUUGGGAGACGGCGCGAGAUCCAUUAGAAGUGGCUAUACCCGCAUUCUGA